AUGGAUUAGUUUCUUAGUAUAAAGCAUAGCGCUAGGUCAUCAUAAUUUCGAUCAUCUCCAUGUUCAAAAUAAUCUUUCUAAAGUGAAGAUGAUAGAGAUACAGCAUUAUCAUUUGAUUUCACUCCAAAACCCAAGCCAAAACCUUUAUAAGGAUUAACUCCUAUGUCUUCCCCAUUUGAAAAUGAGGAUAAUGAUAAAGGCAGUUAAAAAGAAGAAUCAGUCUCAAAACCAUUUAGUAAUAACUUUUGAUUGAAUUUUAGUUCCUAAACUUUCACGCUUUAGUACUUAAAGAGUAAUAACAAUGAAUGAUGGAGAUAAAGAUGAAGAACCAGAAGGAAUAGAAAAAGAAGUUAAAUUAUGUUCAAAUAUCUAAUUAUAAAUACCUGAUGAACAAACGAAAACUAUUGAAGAACAUCUUAAAAAUUUUGAAGAGAAAACAAAACUUAACCCAAAGUUAAAAUAAAUGAAAUCUAAACCUAUGUCAAUGAGAAAUUUUUAGAAAGUUGGAGAAUCUAAAGAAGAUAAGUUAUUGGAACAUCCAUUUCGUCAUUUGAUAUUCAGCCCUAAAAUAGAUGAGUUAGUUUUAGAAAAACAUUUAUAUAUAACCUAAAGAGGACUAAUUUAUUCAAGAAAAUGUCUAAAAGGGCCUUCAGAACAAUUUAUAGAAAAGAAAAAAGUAAUUUUAAAUAAAAUCAACCCCAAUAAAAUUAAUACAAUAUUCCUUGAUCUUGACGAAACGUUGGUUCAUGCUUGUAAUUCUAGAGAGACACCUACCGUUAGGUUGAAAUAAUAAAAUGAAGAUGGAUCUGAAAUAGAGGUACAUAUAUAAGUUAUUGUAGGUUGGAAUAAAUAUAAGACCAUACGCUACCUACUUUUUACAAGAAUUAGCUUAAUAUUAUACAAUCUAUAUUUAUACAGCUUCAUCAUAAUAAUAUGCUUAAACAAUUGUGAAUUAUCUUGAUCCUCUUAAAUAAUAUAUAAGUGGAAUCUUAUCUAGAUCUAAUUGUAUGGAAACAAAAAAUGGAUUUUUUAUAAAAGACUUAAGAAUCGUUAAGGAUUUAGAUUUAAAUAGAACUUUAAUAAUAGACAACCUUGUUCAUUCUUUCGGUUUACAGGUUGAAAAUGGAAUCCCUAUUUUAGAAUGGUAUGAUAAUUAGGAAGAUUUGGAACUAAAAUAUUUAUUAGAAUAUUUGAUAGAAGCUUCUGAAUAAUAAAAUUUGAAGGAAUUCAACUUAACUCAUUUAUAAUUAGAUUAUCUAAUCGAUUACAACAUUAAGUAAUGA